AUGAAAUCUUUUAAUAAUUAUUCAACAAGUCAAAUAACUAAAAAAGCAAUACUAUAUCAAUUAUUAUUUUUAAUAACACAAGUAAAAUCAGAUAGUUGGUCAUCAUUAGGAUGUUUUAGAUCUAAUUCAUUACAAAACACACAAUCUCAAGGUACUUAUACGUUCCAAUCAUCUGCGUGGUGUCAAUCUCAAUGUUCUGGUAAAAGAAUUAUUGCAUUAACUAAUGGUAAUCAAUGUUAUUGUGGUUCAACUGAUCCAAAUAAUAAAGUUGAUAACUCUUAUUGUGAUACAAGUUGUCAAGGUUAUGAUAAAGAAAAUUGUGGUGGGAAUGGUUAUUUUACAGUAUUUGUUAAUUCAGAUGCUUCGAAUGAAGAAGAAGAAAAUGAAUCUACUUCAAGUAGUUCAAGUAGUAGAACUACUUCUUCUUCCACUAGUACAACUCCUAGAUCUUCCACAGAACAACAAACUCAACAAUCACAAUCACAAUCACAACAACAACCUCAAACAAGUACAGUCAGAGAGACUACAACAGCUCAACCAGAAACUACACUGUCUUCAUCCUCAAGUUCAUCAUCACCACCUACAACAACUUCCACCACAUCAUCUUCAUCAAUAGCACCUACUACAGUAAUAUCAACAGUAGUAAAUUCAUCUAAUAAUGGACAACAAUCAGUAGUAUAUAAAACAAUAAUAGAACGUCCUAGUUCUUCAUCAGAUUCAUCAAGUUCAUCAUCAACAAAUAUAGCAUCAUCAACUACAUCAAAUUCACCUUCCUCAUCUUCUUCAACGUCAUCUGCAUCAUCAUCUUCAACAUCAAACUCAACAAAUCAUAAUAGAGGAACUUCAGGAGGAGUAAUAGCAGGAGCAGUAGUUGGAUCAGUUGCAGGAGUAGCUGUAAUAGCUGCAUUAAUAUUUGGAUUUUGUUGGUAUAGAAGAAAAUAUUCAGAUGAUAAUGAUUUUGAUGAUCAAUUUACAUUAUCAGGACCAGAAAAACCUUCAGGUAGUAAUAAUAAUAAUGGAUUAAAUGGACCAUUAAAUAAUGGUGUGAAUGAUCCAAAUCCAUUUUUAUUAGCUGGUGGUUAUAAUCAUUUUGAUACUUCUCAACAACAAACUCCAAGACAUCAAGGUACAAAUUCAAGAACUUUAUCAUCAAGAGGUGGAUCAAAUGGAAAUAAUACAUCUACAACUAUAGCAGGAGGUAUGGGAGCAGGAGCAGCAGGUGCAGCAGCUGGAGGCUAUGGACAUGAUCAUAAAUAUAGUUCAAGUGGAACAAGUAAUGGAAUAGGAAGUAAUUCAUUUGGUUCACAUAAUGAUGAUUAUCAUUAUUUUGAUCAUCAAGAUAAUAAUCACAAUAUAGAUAAUACGCCGAAUACUGCUGGUAAUAAUAAUAAUCCAAAUUUUUUAAAUUCUCCUGAUCCUGAAUUUGGUAGAAGAAAAUUAAGUAAUGGUUCAUUACCUGAUAUGAUUGCAAGAGAACCGGGUUCUUUAAAAGUUGUUAAUAAUUGA